AUGUCUUAUACUGUGGGUUUGACUGGCAAUGUAAUUAUUCUUUUCCUAACCAUUAUAGACCCAGGUCUGAACAAACCUAUGUAUUUCUUUCUGGGACUGUUGUCAUUUCUUGAUAUAUGGUGUACCUCUGCUACAAUACCCAAGAUGCUUUCGAGCUACGUGACACAGUCUAAGGUGAUUUCUUAUUACGGAUGUGUUUUCCAGAUGCUUUUCUUGACCUGGCCUUUGGGAGUUGAGUUACUUCUCCUUACAGUUAUGGCUUACGACCGAUAUAUUGCAAUUGGAAAUCCACUUCGCUAUGCAUCAAUAAUUAAUCGCAGAGUAUGUAUUAAGACUACAAUUACUAUCUUGGUUAUUGGCCUAAUUAAUUCUUUGAUUCACACAUAUUUCACUUUCCGACUCCCAUACUGUGAUGACAAUAGAAUUAAUCACUUUUUCUGUGAGAUAAUGCCUUUGCUGAAACUGGCCUGUGCAGAUAUUUAUAUCAACGAGAUUGUUGUCUAUACAUCUGAUUUUAUGUUUGGUAUUUGUUGUUUCCUACUUAUAUGUGUUUCCUAUGUCUUUAUACUGAAAACUAUACUAAAGAUUCGUUCUGCUGAAGGUCGUCAGAAGGCCUUUUCUACUUGUGCAGCUCAUUUAACUGUGGUCAUUAUUUUCUAUGGAACUGUCAUUUUUAUGUAUGUCCGUCCAAGUGCUUCCUACUUUUCUGAUAAAGAUAAAGUUGUAUCUCUGGACCAGCUUGUAUCACUUCUCUAUGCUGUUGUCACCCCUGCACUCAACCCAAUUAUCUACACUCUAAGGAAUGAGGAGGUCAAAAUUGCUCUUAAAAAGAAAAUAAAUCAAAGGUUACAUUCUACAUGUGUAUGGAAACAGUAUGUCUUAGCAUUGUUUAAAGAGUUUGGCUGA